AUGUUUACUGAAAACGACCCCGUUUCGCAGCGCAUCAACACCUACAAUGUCGUCAGAGUCCAGCGAAAACAAGCAGCCUUCAAAACCUCUCUAUGCCGCGAAUUCCUCCAUGGUCACUGCUCGUACGGCCAAAAUUGCACAUACGCCCAUGGAGUCCAAGAACUCCGCGACCCCAACGAACGCCAACAGAAGCACCCCAAGUACAAAUCCAUGCCCUGCAACAAGUUCUCGGAGUCGGGCUGGUGUCGCUAUGGCACGAGAUGCCAAUUCGAGCACAAACUCUACAAGGGAAUGCCGAAAAUGAAAUACGAUGCGUUGCUGGCGGCUGGAAGAAUCACCCCAGCGUUGGGUUUCGAGAUCGUUGACAUCCAUGAGGAUGAGGUGGCUACGGAGGCUGAGCGACUACACCGGAUGCGAGCGUCUUCAAAUGGAUCUGCUUCUGACACUUCCGAAAAAAGCCAACAAUCGACUUGGCCAUCGAACAAUGAAGGAGGGCAUAAGGAAUCGAAACUCGACGAUUUCUCCGACUGUGGUUCCGGCUCAAGCGGCUUCAACCCAUUCCGAUUCCGGGCAAGUGUGGUUCCUGAUAUCUCCUGCAGUUGGAUGGAAGAUCGCUUGACGGAGGACUGGCUGAAGGCGUGGAAACCUUUCGAGCCAACUCCUUUAGAGAUGAGCCUGGAACCGCCGCAAACCUCGCUCAGCCGUAUGAUCACCGAGGACCAGGAGCGACUCAAGGCUUUAUACAAGAUGGAUCCUCGCCCGAAGAUU